GUUUUAAAUACACAAACCAUUGCUAAAUCUCUGACUUUGUUUGGCUGUAUGUUUAACUCGACUGACUUUAAAACUCCACUCAUUGCUGGCAAAGAGUGCGCAACUAAACAGGGUCUCGAUUGGGCGGCCAUUGAUGAGUGCGCAACGGGACCGUUGGGUCGGGGACUACACCUUCAGGCUGGAGAGGUGUACAAUAAGGUCACCCCCAAGGGUUUCACUGUACCACACAUUGUGAUUGAUGGGAAAUGGACGGCAGAGAUCAAUGAUAAAGCUGAAAAGGACCUGGUGGCACUCGUAUGCGACACCUAUACUGGCACAAAACCAGACGCGUUACUGAUCAUCGAGAUCGUGCAAAUCAUCGGGGUCACCACGAUCUAA